CCUGACCCGGAAGCGCUCCUCGUAUUUCCAUUCGCCGUCUCUAUGGCUGUUCCGGGUUCCUUGGUUUCCUCCCAUAAGCCCCCGCGCCUUCCUUUCUGGUCUGGUCCUGAGCAGGAUGGCUCCUGCAAAGAAAGGUAGUGAAAAGAAGAAAGGACGAUCAGCCAUCAAUGAGGUGGUUACUCGGGAAUAUACUAUAAACAUUCACAAAAGGAUCCAUGGCGUGGGCUUCAAGAAGCGGGCUCCUCGUGCUCUCAAGGAGAUCCGUAAAUUUGCAAUGAAGGAGAUGGGGACUCCUGAUGUACGCAUUGACACCCGCUUGAACAAGGCUGUCUGGGCAAAAGGAGUAAGGAAUGUUCCUUACCGUAUCCGUGUGCGUUUAUCCAGAAAACGCAAUGAAGAUGAGGAUUCGCCUAAUAAAUUGUAUACACUGGUCACGUAUGUGCCAGUUACAACUUUCAAAAGCCUACAGACUGUUAAUGUGGAUGAAAACUAAUCUUUCAUUACAAUAAAAAUGUUAUGACAUUACUUU